AUGACAAAUUUGAAAAAUCCAACGGUGCCAGAAAAUUCGUUGUCACUAUCCUUAUUAAAGCUCUAUAGAACAAAUAGGUCCUUAUUCUUGAAUACUUCUUAUAUUAUUUUAAUCACCGCAGCAUUUUCAGGAGUAACAAAUACUGGAGCUUCUUCAACAUCCAAAAGCUCAUCACCCGAAGAAGAUAAAGACUCAACAGGAGCUGUUGCUAAGCCAAAGUCAAAACACCCAAGCUUAUCCAAAGAAUCAUUUUAUAGAUUAGCAAAAGCAAUUGUUCCAUCACUCACUGAUAAAACCAUCUUAUACCUAUUUACACAUACUGCAUUAUUGGUUGUCCGCGCAUUGCUUACUAUUAAAGUUGCGAAUUUAGAUGGUCAAUUAGUUGGAGCAUUAGUUUCUAAGAGAUUAAGAAGCUUUUUCAAAUUAUUGUUGUAUUGGAUGUUAAUUGGUAUUCCUGCCGCUUUAACCAAUGCAUUAUUAGGUUGGACAAGAUCAAAUUUAAGUAUGGCCAUAAGAACUAAUCUUAAUGAUAAUAUAUUAAAUAAUUAUUUACCAGAAAAUUUAGAUGCAAAUUAUUAUUCAUUAAUUCACUUAAGUGGUAACAAAAUUAAAGAUCCAAAUCAAAGAAUUACAACCGAUGUUUCUCGUUUAAGUGAAGCUUUAUCUAGUUUACCUGGGCAAUUAUUAAAACCUACUUUGGAUUUAGUUUUAUGUGCAAGAGAAUUAGGAAAAAGUGGAGUAGGGAAUGGAGAAGGUACAUUAGCUUUAGGUAUGCUCACUCAUUUCACUACCAUGAUUUUAAGAUUAUUUUCACCUCCUUUUGCUAAAUUAGCCUCUGAACGUGCUAAUUUGGAAGGUCAAUUGAGAUCAGCCCAUUCGAAAAUCGUCGCCAAUAAUGAAGAAAUUGCAUUUUUGAGAGGUCAUCAUCGUGAAUUAGAUUAUAUUGAUUAUUGUUAUUAUACAUUGGAGAGAUUCCUGAAGGGUGAAUAUUGGAAGAAGGCAAUUCAUGAAAUUGCACAAACCUUUAUUGUGAAAUAUUUCUGGGGUGCUGCUGGAUUAGUCUUAUGUUCUGCACCAAUUUUUAUUGGGAAAUAUUUAGGUGAACGAGAAGAUAAGAACCUGACAGGUAAUUUCAUUACCAAUAGAAGAUUAUUAUUGAAUGCUUCAGAUUCGUUGGAUAGAAUGAUUUAUGCGAGGAAAUAUCUUUUGCAAAUUAUUGGUCAUGCCGCAAGAGUUUCAGAAUUCCAAGAUACUUUGCAUGAUGUUAAGCAAAGAAAGAAUUCAACUCCUAAUGUCAAGUACAAUAAUAAUGAGAUUACUUUUGAUAAAGUAAGAUUAUUGACUCCCGCUGAUGUUACCUUGAUUGAAAGUUUGUGUUUUUCAAUUAAACAAGGAGAUCAUUUAUUAAUAGCUGGUCCAAAUGGAUCAGGUAAAUCUUCCAUGUUUAGAAUGUUGGGAGGAUUAUGGCCAGUCAAACAAGGAACCAUUUCGAUUCCAACUACUGAAAAUAUGUUCUAUUUACCUCAAAGAGCUUAUUUAGUUAAUGGGUCAUUAAGAGAACAAAUCAUCUAUCCACAUUCAUUAUCCAAUCAAAAGAAAUCUGACGAUGAAUUGAAAGAAAUAUUAAAGAUAUUGAAAUUAGAUGAAUACGUCAAUAUGUUAGAUGACAUCAAAGAUUGGAAUGAGGAACUUUCAAUUGGAGCCCAACAAAGAUUAGCAAUGGCAAGAUUAUAUUAUCAUGAACCAAAAUUUGCCGUCUUAGAUGAAUGUACAUCUGCAGUUUCUCCAGACAUGGAACAGUUCAUGUAUACCCAUGCGCAAUCACUAGGCAUUACAUUAUUGUCAGUUGCCCACAGGUCGGCCCUAUGGCAUUUCCAUAAAUAUUUAUUAAAAUUUGAUGGGAAGGGAGGAUAUUUCUUUGGUCCAUUGGAUGCAGAAAAAAGAUUGAAAUAUGAGCAAGAGAGAAUCGUGUUGGAGAAGAACCUAAGAGAUUUGCCGGUUUUGAAGGAAAGAUUAGAAGAAUUGAAACAAGUUUCGAAUGUUCAACAUAAAAAGAUCGGUCAUUGA